GACUGAUUCUGAGACUGUUCAGUAUAGAUCUAUAUCUAGAUCUAGGAGUAGGCGAGGAGUCUGUAUGUGGCUGUACCGUACCGCUAGACUCCAAGUCAGUAAUGGAAUCUAAACCGUGACUUGGUCAGUUAUUUUAGGCCUACUGCCUGUGAUAAGUGUCAGGCUCUAUGCCUUUCAAAGUGAAGCCAAAGGCGGCUCGAAUCGGUCUGAAUAUAUAACUUCUAAUGGGCCAUCCUUUGCGCACAUCUGGCCUACCGGUUCGUUGUCUAUUAUUCAAGCACGGGUUUUGCGGAAGGAGUUCGAAGCUGUCAGCUUGUACAGAAUUGUCUAUACAACAUCAUCUCAUGAACCAGGACUGGAGUACCUUGUGGUGUUAAUGCGUACAGCUUUUAGAGAGAAAUUUCCAUAGAGGAGUGCCUGAAAAUGUCGGGGAAAUUCUUGAAUCGCCAUUAUGAAAGUACAGAUGCAGGUAACAGACCUCGUGUGAGCGAGUCACAGCUCAAGAACAGCCCUGCAUUUUCAUUGUACACGGGUAGGAAGAAAGUGGAAGCUGCCAUUACAGCUGCAAUGGUUGGUGACACCAGUUAUCUAAGCAAACUGUUGACAGAGCGGGGUUGUGUGAACUAUGUCAGUGUGGAUGAGCGAGUCAAGGAAAGUCGCAAGUCCCUGCUCAUGCUUGCUGCUUCUUGUGGCCAGGUUGGGGUGGUUCGACUCCUGCUGCAUCAUGGUGCUCAGAUCAAUGCCACAUGCAACCUUGAAAGGACUGCUCUCAUGUGGGCAUGUCUGAGAGGUGAGGUCGGAGCUGCUAGAGCACUGCUUGAGGCUGGUGCUGACGUCAACAAAAUGGAUCGUUCCUCCCACACAGCCUUGACAAUGACGGCUGACCAUGUGGGCGAGAAUGAAGGAUGUGUUGACUGUUUCCUGCUGCUCAGGGAAUGGGGUGCAGAUAUAUCUUGUUGUACACGUUUAGGUCAGACACCAUUACUACUGGCUGCUAAACAUCCUGAGGCUCACAAUCUUCUCAGAAAUCUACUAGAGGAUGACCCUGAUGGCGUGUGGUUCAGUUCCCAUGAACGACACAUGGCAAUGAUCAAUGCAAUAGAAAUCGGAGCAGAAGAAAACCUUUCUGUUCUUUUAGCAGCAGGAUGUAACCCCAACUACUUGACCUCCAGUGGGGUGCAUGUUCUGAACAUUGCUGCCUCUCACAGUUUCUCUUGUACGCAUCGUCUAGUGGCCAGUGGUGCAGUGUUCAUGAUGUCCCAGCCUUACAUCUCCCACUCGUUGGGUGUGCACCACACAGAAUUGUCAGAUGUGAAGCAAGCAGAUUGCAAUUUUUUCUUGUCCCCGGUUGAUGUUGCCAUUCUGUAUGGAAAGUUUCCCAUUGCUAAAUUUCUUUUCACAAAGUGUCACAUGCCCCCUACGUAUGUCAAUUUUGAUAGACAUCUCUGUCAUGAAAACCCUUUUAAUACUUUCUUUCUUGUUUUAUCUACUAUAUAUAAAGUAGCAGAACAGAACAGACCGUGGCUUGGACUUAUCUCUGACUUUGCUCCUGAACCUCGUCGGCUCAUGCAUUUGUGUCUUGAAACUGUUUCCUGCAUUUUGGGUCCUGUGGACAGGUGCAGGAAACUCGAACAGUGCGAGUUACCAAGAACAGUUUGUAAUGCAAUUUCAAUGGAUUUUGUGAGUGAGGAGGAAUUCCAGAAUUUGUCCAUUGUUAAUACAAUGACAGAGGCACUAGAUAAAGAAAACAGGUGACAUCGCAUGGAGUUUUCUUUUAUGAACUUCUGUGAAGGACUAUUUGGAGGAGCAAAUAGUAAAGAACUUCCAAGUUGUCACUUUCUUCCUAAUUGAACCGCUCUCAAGCUCCUCCAACAGUUUUUGUGAAAAAAUGUACAUAGAUCAUUGCGGAUUAUUCUGGUUGCUUUAUGUCUUAAUCAGAGUCAAUGGCAAGUUCUUGGAUAAGUUACUUGUGAUUCCAUGAAGGAAGAUGCUACUGCUUUUAUUAAAAUGUUUAUGAGGAGAUAUGUAAACAUUGGCUUCUUUUAUUUCGUAAUUUACCUCAACUGGUUGGGGUUUUUUUGUAGACAAUGUGUUGUUGUUUUUUUCCUUAGAUAUGAACAUUUUUCACUGUGGAAGUCAUAUCUUUCUAAGAUAUAACCUGAAUGUAUUACUUGAUUCAAGUUUCUUUUCAAGUAUAAUAAGCCAUCUAAUUGAAGUUUUGAUUCAGUCAUUCGGCUUUUGAUGAGAACAUCACGUUCAACAACUUUUUCCUGUUUCUUUGCCUCAGUAUCAGUAUUGUUGUUUGCCUUCUAAAAAGCUUGAUGGAACUUUCUGACAACUAUUUUUUUAUCUGGACCAAAACAUCUCAGAAAUUGUCAUCAGAGUUGUUUAAAUAUGACAUAGAUAUCUCGAGUACUGCUGAGCUGAUUGUAUAAAUACGUCCAACUAAAAACUGAGGUAAAUGGAAAAUGAGAGAAAAUAUUUUUUAUGUAGGGUUUGCAAAAUCUAAACCAAGGACUUGUAUUCUGACCAGCCCAUUCUUUUUUGUGGUGUUAGGGACCAAUAGUACAACUGGUAGAGGAAUAGAUUUCUAUGCUUCAUUGACCUGGCUGCUGUGGAAUCAGUGGGUUACUCUGCAGCUUACUGAGAGAACGGCCAAGGCUUUGUAUAUUGCUUUUUUUUAUUGCUCCCGUAUCUUUUAUCUGUGUAGGCAAGCAGUCUUUCCCAGUGAGUUGGGAAAACAACAACAAUAACAGCUUUCCCAACUCACCGAGAUAAUGAUUACUCUUUAGGCCUGCUUUAAAGGACUGGUCUCAUCUGAAUACAAGCUUUUAUAUAUCUGGUCCUUUUUUUAUUAUAACGUAAGCCUCUCUAUCAUAUUAAUUAAACCAUUUUCAAGUUAUGCAAUAUUUUGUUAAUUUGAGUCAAUGCACUCAAAAUUGACCUCGGUCUGGUUUAUCAUGUAGGUGAAAUAGAUGGAUGGGGGUUCCAUUAAAAUGGUAAUUGUGCACUGAAUGUUUUAUUAGAGGAUGGAGAUCACAAGGACAUGAAUUUUCCAGAAUUUGAAAUGGCUGUUACAGCUUUCUUUUGCAUCUGAUUUCAGUUUCUAUUUUCGUCUUCUCAAAAUUAUCUAUGCAUGAUCCUUGAUAUCUUUCCUCGAGUCCAGUUUUCUUUUAACCAGUUAGCACAACGGAGAUAAUUUUUAUCAACAAUAAGGAAUAUGCGAUUUGGAGGUUGAGUCUAUGGAACUGUUAUAAACCUUUUUCAAUUUUUGCUCACACCUUUUGAAAACUCAGGAAAGAAAUAAAGUGUAUAGAAUAUAAAAAUA